CCUAUGUACCUACCUAUUUAUUCUUAAAAAUAAAUAUCUACAAAUAAAAUUAUAGGUUAUGAUUAAGUUUUCUAUAGUUCGUAUAAUAAACAUGAUUUUAUGACUUUAGUGCUAUAAUAUAAAUUGAAAAUGUCGUUACUUAAGACGAACGUUAUAACUAGUGUUAAAUAUCUAAGAAGUUUCUCAGUUUUGUGUAGGAAAAGUAAUCAGGAUCAUCAUCUUAAAAAGUGUCCUAUACUAUUUAAUACUCAACGAUGGCUAUUUUGGGAAAGACAUAGAAAAGGAGGCUACGAUACAACGAUUAAAACGUCGAAUUGGGAACAUUUAAAAAAUGGUUUGGUAGAGCUGAAACAUGAAUUGAAGUUGUUUGCUAAAGAACUCAAAGAAUUAUAUGAUAUGGAUCCUCUUCUGAUUGCGAGGCCCGGUGAAAUCGAUCUUUUGUGGUGUUUCAAUAGUCCUACAGUUCUAGAAAAAUUCGUCACAACAUGCGAUAGUGACCAUGGCGAAGGUUACAGUUCUUGUACCCUGGAAAUGAGUCCAGCUGGACGGGCUCUCUUCCACGGUUAUCUUGACACGAGAGUACCAAAGGACGGUCGCAUCAAAAAAGCCGGAUACUGCGCUAUGAGAUCGAAAAUGCAAAGGAAAUCAUUCAAAAGAGCGUCCACGUUUGAUUGGCAUCUGUAUAACACUUUAGUUUUAAAGGUCAGAGGCGACGGGAGAGCUUAUUUACUUAACAUCUCUACGGAGGGCUAUUACGACAUAACUUGGAACGAUAUUUACCAUUAUAUUCUGUAUACGAGAGGCGGACCGUACUGGCAAGUUGCGAAGAUUCCAUUCUCGAAGUUCGUUUUGGGAUCAAAAGGCCGUUUGCAAGACAAACAAACGAGAAUGCGUUUCGACAAAGUAACUCACUUCGGUAUAUCUUGCGGAGACAAGAUAGUUGGUAAAUUUAAUCUAGAAAUAGAGUAUGUAGGAUUAGAAUUCGACCCAACACACGAUGAAGAAUUUGCCUACGAAAUGUACAAAACGGAUAAAUACAUUGUUGCUGUCUAGACAAUCUCGCUGUAAUAAUUAGUUGAAAUAAAUUAAU